UCCCGCAGGCCCGUGGCGGUGCUCCCGUGUUUCUGGCUCAGGUGCAGCCGCGGGAUGGCCCUUCCCCGGCUGCUGGCGCGGGCGCUGCACCGGGCGGCCGCUGUCUCUGCUCCCGCGGCACCAGACUUCAACAGUUUUGUCGUUCGGACCAACACGUGUGGAGAGCUGCGUUCAGCUCACGUGGGACAGAAGGUGACCCUGUAUGGAUGGAUUCAGUACCAAAGACAGGGCCUGUUUCUGGUUUUGAGGGAUUUCCAGGGACUGACCCAGAUCAUCAUUCCACAGGAUGAGGCACAUUCCCAUGUGAAGAAGCUCCUGUCUAAUGCCCCAGUGGAGUCUGUGGUGAGAGUGACUGGAAUCGUGUCCCCUCGGCCGCCGGGGCAGGAGAAUCCGAAAAUGCCAACAGGGGAUAUUGAAGUGAAAGCGGAGACUGCAGAGAUCCUGAACUUCUGCAAGAAGCUGCCUUUUGAAAUCAAGGAUUUUAUCAAGAAGUCGGAGGCCUUACGGAUGCAGUAUCGCUACCUGGACUUGCGCAGCCUCCAGCUGCAGCACAACCUGCGCCUGAGGUCACGGGUGGUGAUGAGGAUGAGGGAGUAUCUGUGCAACCUCCAUGGGUUCGUGGAUGUAGAAACUCCAACGCUCUUUAAAAGAACCCCUGGGGGAGCCAAAGAAUUCCUUGUGCCCUCAAGGGAAGCAGGCAAGUUCUACUCCCUGCCACAGAGUCCUCAGCAGUUCAAGCAGCUCCUCAUGGUUGGAGGCCUGGACAGGUACUUCCAGGUUGCUCGCUGCUACCGAGAUGAGGGUUCACGGCCUGACAGGCAGCCUGAAUUCACACAGAUAGAUAUAGAGAUGUCAUUUGUAGAUCAAGCUGGGAUCCAGAGACUGAUAGAGGGCCUCCUGCAAUAUUCCUGGCCUGAGGAAAGAGGCUCCAUUACAACUCCUUUCCCUUCCAUGACAUAUGAGGAGGCACUGGCUGAGUAUGGGACUGAUAAACCAGACACUCGCUUUGGUAUGAAGAUAGUGGAUAUCAGUGAUGUUUUACGACUAUCAGACAUUCAGUUUGUGCAGAAUGCACUCAGUUACCCACGUGGCACCAUCAGAGCCAUUUGUAUCCCUCAGGGAAUGAGGUAUCUUAAAAAUAAAGACUUGGAGUCAUUAAAGGAGUCUGCAAAAUCCCAGUUUAACCAGGAAAUCAUGGAAAUUAUCUGCAGGCCUGAUGGGAGCUUGAAGUCCCUGCUUACCAAGUUUCUUGGUGAGAAGCAGCAGCUGGAGCUUAUCCAAGCACUGAACAUGCAGGUGGAUGAUGUGGUGCUGCUGGCAGCUGGUGAACACAAGCAAGUGUGCUCUGCCUUAGGAAGCCUGCGGUUGUUGAGUGCCAGCCUCCUUGAGGCAGCUGGGCUGGCACUCCGUGAUCCUACGGCUUUUCACUUCCUGUGGGUGGUGGAUUUCCCCCUUUUCCUCCCAAAGGCCGAGAAUCCCACUGAACUGGAAUCUGCUCAUCACCCCUUCACUGCCCCACAUCCUUCAGAUGCCAGCCUCCUCCAUUCUGAUCCCACAAAGGUCCGUAGCCAGCACUACGACCUCGUGCUGAAUGGCAAUGAGGUUGGAGGUGGCUCCAUCAGAAUUCACAGUGCAGAACAGCAACGUUUUGUGCUGGAGAAAGUGCUGAAGGAGGAUUCCGAGGUGCUUUCCCACCUGCUUGAGGCUUUGGAAUUAGGAGCUCCCCCUCAUGGAGGAAUUGCUUUAGGACUUGACAGGCUGAUCUCUCUCAUCGUUGACGCUCCAAGUAUCCGAGAUGUCAUUGCAUUUCCAAAAUCCUUCAGGGGACGAGACCUGAUGGCCAAUGCUCCAGACUAUGUCACUCCAGACGAACUAGAGCCAUAUCACAUCCAGGUUUCCUGGCCUCUUGAAGAAAAAGAGGCAAAGAAAAACUAACUUAAAGCCAGUGAUGUAAGCUGCUCUGUGUAACCAGAGGUGGUUACAGCCUCUAAAUGGAUUCAGUUCAGAAAAUGUCACCCUGCUGUUGUGGCAGGGUGGGGGACAGUCCAACCCCACUGUACUGUGGCAGUUUCAGGAUUGAAUGGGAAGUAGAUAUGAGGACUCCCUGAUAGGAAUUCAGCUUUGGGCGGUAAUUGGAAGGAGAAGUAGAAAAGCAAAAGAAAAGAAUAUAAUUUUAGAAUAGGACAUUGAGACUGUUUGGUUUAGGGUGUCAUUAGAGGGAAGAUGGAAUCUGAUUUUUUUCCAAUCCCCACUUUUAACAUGUCCCUUGUCAAGUAUUUCUCCUCCCAUCUGGAGGAGAUAGCUCCCCUGGCAGGACAGUUUGUGUUCCUGAUAAUCAUUAAAUCAUGUCAGCUGAGCACUGUGACAAUAAAGCUGUGCUGGGCCAAGAGCUCUGGACACUGCAUAGCAAAACUUCAGUGCAAUCAGCAACUUGUCUCAUAUUGGAGGGUACAAGAUCAUGCAGAACUUUGCCAUGGGGAGUUCAUGUUCAGCUGUGUUCUCCCUUCAAAGGAGAGGGAGAAAAGCAUCAAUAAUGUUUGCAACAGUUGUCCUCGUAAUACUUGUCAAAGAGGUGAUGGUCUGUCUUUGGGGCCUGUGGUCCCUGUGCUUUCCAGCACAGUAAUUCAGGAGUUUGUAUGUUUAUAAAUAAAGUUUACCUGGCAAUGUGGUUUUGGCUGAGCAUACCUUUGGGCUUUCUGUACAAGAGCAAGCUGCUUUUCCUGGGGACCCCUGAUCCCUCCAGGAGAUGACAAGAAAUCUGUGGCAGCACAGCAGGGUUGCCAGUCUUCUGUGAGUUCUGCCUGGUGCUGCAAACCCCCUGCUACAGUGGUGAGUGAUGCAGCAGCACAUUCCUCCCAAGUAAGUGUUCAUCUCUGUCCCACACCAGAGCAUCCACAGUGCAGGAGUGAACAGCAUCCUACCUGGCCAGGCCACUCUCAGCUUUGCUCUGCAGUGUGUGUACAGCAAGCAGAGGCACUCCAGUGGGUGUUCUCCACUUUGUGUUUAGGCUGGAGAAAGCAGAAAACUGGCAGGAGGACAGGAGGGAGUUCAGGAAGCUGAGGAAAAGAGAAGGAAGAGAUGACUUGAUUAAGAUCAGAAGAUUGUGCGAAGGAAGAAAAGCAAAAGCUACUGUGUCCCAGCUGGGAAGGACAGGGGGAGACACAGGCCAGAGGAAGUGCAUGAGGACAGAAGGAAGACUACAAUUCUUGGCUGAGCUGAUACAGAGCUCCAGCCUUCUGCUGGAGAACCUGUCCUGUAGAUUCUAUCAACUCCUAGUCUGCUCCAAGGGUUAUCUGCUAAUUGUGGGAUAACAUGGCAUGGUGAUGCAUACUGUUGUUUUUUAAAUACUGGACUGUCCUGUUGAUAAGAAUCAAUAAGGGAGGUGGCUCUUCUUAAGAUUGGGGUUUUUUUGAGUGUCACCCAUAGAGAAGUGACAGUAGAGCUGACUUGCUGCUGCUUUCCAGGUUAUAAAAUUAAGGAGUUAUGCAUGUAAAAGAAAACUUAAAUCCUCUUAUCUCAUGGUAUGAUUGUUAUUUUCGGUCUCAAAGAAUGGUUAAAUGUUAUUUAAAGCAAUCCUGGAUUUGUGUUCACAUUCAUUCUAGCCAAAUGCUGAAUUCCUUCAUUUUUGCCUUGUAUCAGGUGUUCAUUCUUAUCUUGAA